AUGUUGGCGAUGAGUCGCAUCCUAUUCGAGUUCCAAGAAGACGAGGUCCUCCGCGACUACUGCAUGUGCAACGACCCGGCUUACGGGUGUCGCGCCAGACUUGCGUGCCCGUUUUCAAGUGUGCGACCUGGAUCUCCAAAGGCCGACUUCAACACGAAGAUGAGCUCGGUCCGCGAGUCCGUCGAAUGGUCCUUCGGGCUCAUCAAGGGCCAAUGGGGCUACAUCAACUACGACAAGAAGAUCAAGCUUUGGCUUACCGCCGUGCUACUGACGAACUGCCGUACGUGCCUCGAGCCGACGGGCACCCCGAUCUCCAAGAACUUCAGUGUGAACCCUCCUUCGAUCGAUACGAAUCUCCCGCUUGAUUGA